AUGGCGGGGCGCUGUGCGCGGCUCGGGCGGCGCGGCGAGCGGCGCGGCCACGUGGUGCGCGUGGGAGAUCGAAAACGCGGGCGUUACAAUGAGGAUCAGCUUUAUGUUCUUUUGGGACUGAGAACAGAGGAUGAAGCUGGUGGUCUUCCUUCAAAUGAGGAUCAAACUACUACAAUCAAUGGUAGUACAGUUCCUGAUAUUGACACUAGAGGUGCCGCAAUUCCUGUUGACGAUGAAAUACCAGAGGAGAGGGUUAUCGUGUAUGACCCUAACAACCCAUGCAUGAAUCUUGGCACUGUGUACCCUAACAUGGUGGAGUUUAGGUUGGCUGUGAGGCAGUUUGCUAUUAACAAAGAGUUUGCUUUACACACCGUGAAAAGUGACAAAGAGAGGUUUAUUGGAAAGUGCAUGGCACCAGAUUGCCCUUGGCAUAUUAAUGGUCGAAAGCAGCGUGAUUCAAAUAUUGUUAUGGUGACAGCACUGACUGAUCUACAUACCUGUACAUCCAGUGCUAGGAGAAUGACUACCACACCCACUGCUGCUUGGGUUGCUUCAAGGGGUAUCAACCACCUCAGGAAGGACCCAAAUAUGGGCCCAAAAGAUCUAAAGAAGAAGCUGGAAGAGGAUCACAAAUGUGAAAUUCACAAAUGGGAAGAAUGGUAAUAAGAAAUCAAAGAAGGCUGCUGCAAAUAAUCCUGUACAAGGUGAAAAUGUAGUUGUCCAAGAAGAGAAUGCUGCUGUCCAGCCCCCAGAAAAUGUUGUUGUCCACUCUGAAAAUGCUACUGCUACUGCUCUCCACUAUGAAAAUGUUUUUGUCCAGCCCCCAGAAAAUAUUGCCACAGCUAAGGCAACUAUUCUUGCAACAAUUCCAGACAGAGUUACUAGAAGCCGCCUUGCUUUCCUACUUGGAGAAGGUACAAGUUCGUCCCCAACAAAGCAGGCUCCGAAAUCAAAAAAGAGAGGAGUAACAAAGAAAUUGACUCCAAGGAAGCUGAACCCGAAUUGAGACUGUACUACUAUAAGUUAUGUAUGAACUGAGAUGUAAUGCCUAUGUAUGAACUGAGAUGAGAUUUGGCUAUGUAUGAACAGAGAUGUCCUAUGUAUGAACUGAGAUGAGAUUUGGCUAUGUAUGAACUAAUGUAUUGUCUAUGUCCUAUAUAUGAAUCAAGUUGUUCUGUGGUCAUGCU